UCGGCAACGAAUCGGUCAGUACGAUUUAAAACUCGUCCGUGACCGAUCAUAGGUAUAAAGCAAAUAAAAUUAACAACAAUGUCCGAGGAAUCUGAUGUUGAGAUGAAAUCAGCGCCCAUGAGGUCCAAGAGACCACCGGCCAGCCCGACCGCUGACACGCUUAAGGAACCAAAGAGGUUAACAACCAAGGAGAUGAUUAAAGAGGCCUUGACGGAACUAAGAAGCAGGAAGGGGACGUCCCUGUUCGCCAUCAAGAAGUACCUGGAGCUCAAAUACAACGUGGACGUGGAGAAAAUAAAACAUAUCAUAAAAAAAUACAUCAAAACCAGCGUCGAAGAUGGGACUAUAGUGCAGACUAAAGGUGUCGGUGCGUCCGGUUCAUUUAAAUUAGUCGAAAAGGAAAAGAAAGAAAAGAAAGUCAAGAAAGACAAAAAGGAGAAAAAGGAGAAAAAAGGCAAAGUGACUGAGAAUACAGAAAAUGCAGACAAAAAGAUUAAGCCGAAAACUAAGAAAGAAUCCAAAGAUAAAGACGAUGGAACAAAAAAAGUCAAAAUAGAUACGAAAAAGAAAAAAGAAAAAAAGGAAACAGUCAAGGGAACGGUCAAAGAGAAGAAGACUGAUAAGGUGGUGAAGACGCCAGCCAAGAAGAGAACCGCCAUGAUGAAGAGAAAGAGCAUCGGCUCCAUCAUCAAGCCGCCCAAGAUGAAACCAGCUAAGGCAAUUAAGGGUUAGAAUUUAUGACUGCCGCAGUCCACAGGCUACAUACAGCGCGUUUCCCAAUUCUCGUUCAUAAACCUACGUUGAUAUUAUCAUGCGUAAUAAAUAAAUAUAUUAAUAGAAUAGAAUAGAAUAGAAUAGAAUAAUAUGUUUUUGAGAUUUUCUUAAGCCUUUACGUUCAUUGACAUUCCUAUGUACAACCAACAAUUAGUGCUGUGGUUGUAAUUUUAUUGUCAUAAAUAAUUCUACUAAGCUUAGCACAAGUUUUUAAUACUAACAAUAACUAUGUACGUCACGUUUAAAAGUAAAAUUCAAAAUUAAUAAAUUCUAUUUCGUUGUAGUAUUAACUUAGGUUAUUGAAUGAGACACGGAAAACGCUGCGUUUGUUGUUUAACAUGGAAAACUUGUGGUAAAUAAGCAGAGUUACAUUCGAAAGACUUAAUCGAGUGUUUGACUAUAACUAUAGAUAGAUAUUGAAGUUUUAAUCGUGUUGUAAAAGUUAAAACUAUAUCUAUAUAGGUAUAUUUAUCAAUUUUCGAUUAUCACCAACUUAUCAAUAUAAAUUUUUUUUAAUUAUAAGCAAAGGUAAAAAUAUAACUAGACUCUUCUUAAAAAAUUAUAAUAAUUAAAGAAACGUCUUUAUUCUAUUAGAGUUUAGACAAACUCCUUCGUAUUUCCUCCACACAGAUUAUAAUUCGUCCAACAAAUAAAAACGUUGACAUUGGCUGAAUAGUCCACGAUUCAAUCGCGAAUGGAGCCAUGGCAUUAAAAAUAAUUAAGUGUAAUCAAACGUACAUAUAAUUUGUUUAAUAAAUAAUUACAUAAAUGUUGCAAAUUCAACUUUAAAUAAUAAACUGAUCGAAAUAAAAUGUGCUGUUGAAUUCAUACAGCCAAUGUCGACAUUAAAUCUAGUUUUGAAGUUAUUAUGAAAUAAAAAUAAUAAUAUAUUUCUAGUGUAUAUAUAUAGUUUUUGAAAUCAUUGACGCCGUUGGAGAUAUUUCCACCUUUGUAAAAUCUUUUAAAUCUGUACUUAUAUUUCUAUCGAUUAUUAUAUAUUUAGUAUUUAAUUCACCGAGAACAUUGAAUUUUAAUUGAUAUGUAUAAAAUAACGUUAUAACAUCUAAUGUAUC